AUGGAUUUUAAUGAAUGUUUCAUUCAUCCAAAGUCAUUCUCUUUAGACCCUAACAUUUAUACAGAACUUGUAGAACAUUAUACAAACGAGGCUUUAUGUUUUCCUGUUAAAGUUAUGGAUUGGAUUCCUAUGGACGGUUCAUUCUCAAAGAAUACAGAUAGUUCAAGUGCAACAUUUACAGCAGCUUAUACGCCUAUUAAUGUUAAAAGUAUUUGGGCACUAUUUAGAAAGAAAGACAACUAUUAUGUUAAUUUUGAGAACCCUAAGUUUAAAUAUCUUCAGCUUUCCAUGGGAGCUUAUGGAAAUAUGCCUGCAGAACCCGAAAAAUCAUAUGGACCUGUAUUUUAUGAAAUGGUUGCGAACGCUUGCAAUACAAACAAUGAUAUGAUAGGAUUUAAUGAAGAUGUUAUGAGGUCAUUGGUGGAUGAUGGUAGUGUGGAACAUAAAUGGGAUAGCUAUGACAACACACAUUUCUUAUGUGGUUUUCCAACAGAAGUGGACUUUUGCUUCCAGCAAGGUCAAACAUCUACUGCUCCAAUAACAUACAAAUUGUCUGUUAAAGGACCUAUUGAACUAGCAACUGAAAACAUACCAAAGCCACUUAUUGGAUUUAUGAGGGAUUGUUGCUUUGCCAUUCAGGUGCGUGCUAAUGGAAUCCCAAUAAUAAGAUUGGAUGACUAUAACUUAGCUGCGGACGACAGUGAGGAAUAA